AUGCACAACGUGAAGCGUGUGCCUCAACCUACGCUGUCAGCAGAAGCCAUCGCAGAGAAGCGGGCGGAAGAGCAGAAAAAGCUUGAUGUAUACAAAAAGGUAGAAGACACUUACCUUACUUUCCGCGCACAACAGGCGUUCACGCCCGAGGCCUUGGAAAGCACGACGUCCCUCCUGGCUUGCAAUCCAGAGUACUACUCUGCAUGGAACUACCGAAGAGAUAUUCUAUUGCAUAUGUUUGAGAAGGAGACAUCUGCAGCCCCUGGAGAAGCGUCGUUACAGACAAAACUGCUGGAAGAGGAUCUAUCGCUAUUGCAGCAAAGCAUGCGGACGCACCCCAAAGUCUAUUGGCUAUGGAAUCAUCGGCGGUGGUGCUUGAUGAUGCUGCCGCCUGCUGGGUCCGAUGAUCAAGCUAAGCAGGCCAAGUGGCGGAAAGAAAUUGGGCUUGUGGACAUGAUGCUGGAGAUGGAUCCACGGAAUUUUAUGGGCUGGAACUACCGACGUUGGAUUAUUGAGGAGCUUGCGAAAACCAUGGUGCCAGAGGGGUAUGAAACGACCCCCCCGUUCCCGAGCUCGCUGUCAAGCUCGCUACCAACGAGUGUGAAGGAGGCUCAUUUGGCGUUGGCCCUCAACGAGCUGAAGUAUACACUGCGGAAGAUUGAGAGCAACUUUAGUAACUUUAGUGCAUGGCACAAUCGGUCAAAGCUUCUGCCCUGUGUUUGGGAUGCCCAACAGCUCGAUGAAACGCAGCGCCGAGAACGUCGUGAGCAGGAAUUUGAGCUUCUGCAGCAGGCCAUGUAUACCGACCCGAGUGACCAGAGUGUGUGGAUCUACCACCGGUGGCUAGUCGCACAGGACCCUUCGGAGGCGACGCUCACGGAGCAAAUCCAAGUGAUUGAAGAGCUUCUGGCAUUGGAGCCUGAUAACAAAUGGUGCAUCGAGUCUCUGGCCCAUUACAAGCAGCAACUGGCUUCGCAAGGUACAUACCUUGCUUUCGAAACUCGUGCAAAUUGA